UCCCAUUUGGAGAUAUUUCAUUAAGUCUGCGCGGUGUCUUAACGCUGGCAACAUUUUCAGGCCCCCUCCAGUCGAGCGGAUUGUCCGAAAAGCUGGUGCAGCAACUUUUCCUUGCAUAUUUGCCCCCCACCAGAAUAUGUCGUUGACCAACACAAAGACGGGCUUCUCUGUAAAGGACAUUUUGGACCUUCCUGACACAAAUGACGAAGAAGGAUCUAUCACCGGACCGGAGGAAGACACGGAGGGAUCGGAGAGCACGACGACGACAAAAAAUACUGGAGUUUUGGUGCAAAGUCCACUGGAAAGCGUUCAAAAUCUGCCUUUAAAGAACCCCUUUUAUGACAGUAGUGACAAUCCUUACACACGAUGGCUCGCUACAACGGACAGUAUUCAAUAUUCAUUGCACGGUCUAUCCGCCAGUUCACAGGACUCAGCCAAGUCCCCGGAGCCGUCCGCAGAUGACGAAUCGCCGGACAAUGACAAGGAAACUUCCAGCAGCGGUGGCAGCGACUCCGGCAAGAAGCGGAAAAGGAGGGUGUUGUUUUCAAAGGCACAGACGUACGAGCUGGAGCGCCGCUUCCGGCAGCAGAGGUACCUGUCCGCUCCGGAGAGGGAGCACCUGGCCAGCUUGAUCCGCCUCACCCCGACCCAGGUGAAGAUCUGGUUCCAGAACCACCGGUAUAAGAUGAAGAGAGCCCGGGCCGAGAAAGGUAUGGAAGUGACCCAUCUCCCUUCUCCCAGGCGGGUGGCCGUGCCCGUCUUAGUCAGGGAUGGAAAGCCUUGUCACACUCUUAAAGCUCAGGACUUGGCGGCCACUUUUCAGGCCGGGAUCCCCUUCUCGGCAUAUAGUGCCCAGUCACUCCAACACAUGCAGUAUAACGCGCAGUACAGCGCCGCGGCCACGCCACAGUUCCCCACAGCACAUCACUUGGUGCAAACGCAACAGUGGACUUGGUGAGAGAAAUUAUAGAGACUUGGCUUGGAGGUGCGAUAGGGAGUUUCACCACAAAGCAAAGAAAAAAAUAAAACACAAAAAACAAAAGACUUUUCAUUUUUGCAGCUUGACUCAUAAAUAUACUACCAUUUUUAUUCGGGGCUCAUGUGUGCGCCGUGUUUACAUGUUUUCGUUAAGAGAACUGGGUCCAAACCUCUCCCUUAUAGAUUUUAUUAAGAAUGUCAAUGCUCUUCUUGUGAAUUUUUUUGUAAAGUAUGUUGUGUGUUGGUUGUAGAGAUGUUUUUCCUUUUUUUUUCUUUUGUCCAUUCGUGUUAUUAUCAGCAUACGAACCACUUUAUAAUUAUAGAAAUUUUAAUUUCUUGUUUCUUUUAUGGACCGACAAAAUAUUUAUGGCCAUGAAUAAACUGGCAAGUUUUCAGCUUUUUUUCCCUUUUGUUUUUAUUUCUUGUAAAUAUUUGUGGCAGAUGGUUAAGAAACCGGAAAGGGUUAAGAUGCUGAUCGGGCUGUAGAUAUUUCCAUAUUUUACAAGACAGAAAAAAGACAAAAAAAAAA